AUGGACACGUCCAGGUCCUCAUGGAUCGCCCUGGGCUGCGAGGGCUCGGCCAACAAGCUGGGCAUCGGCAUCAUCCAGCACACGCCCACCAAGACGACCAUCCUCUCCAACCUGCGCGACACCUUCAACUCGCCGCCGGGCACGGGCUUCCUGCCCAAGGACACGGCCGCGCACCACCGCCGCGAGUUCGUCGCCCUCGCGCGGCGCGCCCUCGCCGAGGCCGGCGUCAGCGACCCCCGGCGGCAGCUCGCCUGCAUCUGCUUCACGCAGGGCCCGGGCAUGGGCGCGCCGCUGACCUCGGUCGCCGUGGGUGCGCGCGCCCUCUCCCUGCUCUGGGGCGUGCCGCUCGUCGGCGUCAACCACUGCGUCGGGCACAUUGAGAUGGGCCGCACCAUCACCGGCGCCGACAACCCCGUCGUGCUGUACGUCUCGGGCGGCAACUCCCAGGUCAUCGCCUACGCCGAGCAGCGCUACCGCAUCUUUGGCGAGACGCUCGACAUUGCCGUCGGCAACUGCCUCGACCGCUUCGCGCGCACGCUCGAGAUCAGCAACGACCCCGCGCCCGGCUACAACAUUGAGCAGAUGGCCAAGAGGGGCACCAGGCUGCUCGACCUGCCCUACACCGUCAAGGGCAUGGACUGCUCCUUCUCCGGCAUCCUCGCGAGCGUCGACGCCCUCGCCGCGCAGGUGAAAGCCGGAACGGCCGACUUCUCCGCCGAGGACCUGUGCUUCUCGCUGCAGGAGACCGUGUACGCGAUGCUCGUCGAGAUUACGGAGCGCGCCAUGGCGCACGUCGGCUCGCGGCAGGUGCUCGUCGUCGGCGGCGUCGGGUGCAACGAGCGCCUGCAGGCCAUGAUGGGCCAGAUGGCGGCCGAGCGCGGCGGCAGCGUCUUUGCGACCGACGAGCGCUUCUGCAUCGACAACGGCAUCAUGAUUGCGCACGCGGGCCUGCUGGCGUACCGCACGGGCUGCACGACGCCCCUGGCCGAGAGCCAGUGCACGCAGCGCUUCCGGACGGACGAGGUCUUUGUCAAGUGGAGGGACUAG